AUGGAGGCGUAUGAUCUCCUGGGGUUCACGGGAGCGAUAGGGUCAACCGACGUCACCCAUAUCCGGUGGGCGUGCUGCCCCUAUUCUUGGGCAAGGCAGUACACGGGGAAGGAAGGGUUCCCGAGUAUCGCGUACCAGGCGAUCGUAAAUGACACCGGACUUGUCCUUGCCGUUACGAAGGGCUUCGCCGGUGCCAUGAACGACAAGACCAUCAUCCGGUACGACACGGCAGUGGCGAAGAUCCGCCGUGACCCUGUCUACACGGAGAAGGUGUACACGCUCUUCGACAAGAACGGCCAACCUUUCGAGCGCGAAGGAAACAACAGCAUUGUGGACAACGGGUACAACAAGUUUCAGCGUCGACCAUCUUUCGGGGGGUGCCUCAAUCGCAACAGGUCUGUCGCGGAGUAG